AUGUGUUCUCUCGUAGUCUAUGUGCACGGUCGCGUUCGAGGCAUCUACGCAUGCAAUCUUGCCGGCUCCCUGCCCGAGUCUGUAGCCCCUCUGCUGGCCGCACUGCAGGUUCCACCGGUCGAUGGUGAGCACGCCGUCGAGGUCGAUGACCGUCUUGGCGUUGGAGCCCCUGCACAUGCACGAGAAGGCGAAGCCGUCGGGCAUCUCGAGGGCGCAGCCCGUGCACGAUCUGUGGUAGAAGCCGUCCUGCUGCGCGACGAGGGUGCCGUUGGCGAGGGCGCCGAGGCAGUACGGGAGGGGGAUUACGGUCCGGUAGCACUGCCCCAGCUCGUCGCGGCAGCUGAGGGCGAAGCCGACCUGGCCGACGAGGGUCGGGUCCUGGCAGAGGCUGCGGAUCGAGGAGCGCUGGGCCCGGGCGCCGUGGGCGAUGGAGAGGCCGCUGGUCAUGAGGAGGAGGAAGAGUAG